AUGUCUCGCCUAUCACCAUCAACAGCAGUUCCGAAUGUAUGGGCUGCAGCUGCAGGUUCUUCAGCACCUGGGCCUACAAUAACAGGACCUAUACUACAAGAUGGUGGCAAUCCAACCGGGUUAUCUACGAUAAAUAAUCUGAAUGUACCAUCAUCUACAAUAGGAAAUAGAAGCAAUCUACCACCGAUUCCAACAUUUCCUUCUGUUCAACAACCAGUAGGUCUUGCGAAUAGUUUAGGUUCAAAUUAUUAUGCUACAUCUACUAGUGUACCACCAUUCAAUCCAAUUGCAACAAAUUUUGUAUCAGAUCCAACACAAAUUAUUCGAAAUGAAGCUAACAAUCGACGAUUGAGGCAACUUGAAGAUGAAAAUGCACAACGUCGAAAUGCUGCAAUGUCUCUUCAACAAAUGGGUACACAUAUAUUACAAAGUCAGAUGGAUGUACAAGAACAAGUAUUACAAUAUCAAUUUAUGUUAGAACAAUGUAUGGAUACUCUUGAUUAUCAAAAUUUUAUUUUAAAUGGACAAAGUGAAGAAUUAGCAUUAAUUCGAGCAAAAAUGCGACAUUUUGAAUAUUUUAUGGAUGCAAUUAAACAGAUGAAAAAAAGUAAACUUCUUCGACGAAAUACACUCGAAGAUUCUAAUAUCAAUGAUUGUGAUUUUUUCAAUGUUCCAAAUCCUUUAUUACCUCUUUUCACUGGACGUCUAACUUCAUCACAAUUUCAACCUCUCAAUCUACGAUAUCGAUCACCAACUGGUCGAUCAUCAAAGCUAAACGAAUCUCGAAGGAUGACACCAUCAAUGUCAAAUUUAAGUACCGACAAUGUUCGUCUUUCACGUCCUCUUAGUAAUCUCAACAAUUGA